AAGGGAGUCGAGUCGAUGAGCGCGGUGUUUUUUUUUAUAAAAAGUUUAAAACUUUAAAUAAAGUUUCCUAUUCUGCAGUAAAUUACUCAUUUAUAUUACAAAAUGCCAGAUAUAGAGAAACUUCUUAAACAAGCCGCUAUGCAAAUUGGGGCAGGUGGAAGUGCUGGAUUUGUUGAAGUUUGUAUAAUGCAUCCUUUGGAUCUGGUGAAGACAAGAUUGCAGCUCCAAUCAACAAGAACUGCAGUACAUCUUUCAGACCCACAUUAUUAUAAUGGAAUUGUGGACUGUAUGAAGAAAAUGUACAAACAUGAAGGCUUGACGUCGUUUUGGAAGGGUAUUCUACCACCUAUCCUUGCUGAAACCCCUAAGAGAGCUGUGAAGUUCUUUACUUUUGAACAAUAUAAACAAUUUUUUAUGUUUGGUUCAAGUACACCUACACCUUUAACUUUUUCACUUGCUGGUCUUGGAGCUGGAGUAACAGAAGCUAUUCUAGUGAAUCCCUUUGAGGUGGUCAAAGUAACUCUUCAAUCUAACAAGGCGUUAGCAGCUCAAGUACCUAGUACUUGGACAGUGACAAGGCAAAUUGUUAGAGAAAACGGACUUGGUUCUAAAGGACUAAACAAAGGGUUGACCGCAACAAUAGCAAGAAAUGGUGUAUUCAAUAUGGUCUAUUUUGGAUUCUAUCACAGUGUAAAAGGAUAUAUUCCAGAGAAUCAAGAUCCUCUGUUAGAAUUUGGCCGAAAGGUAGCAAUAGGCUUUACAUCUGGAGUAUUAGGUUCAUGUGUCAAUAUACCGUUUGAUGUGGCCAAGAGUCGCAUUCAGGGUCCGCAACCGACGCCGGGAGUCGUUAAAUAUUCCUCUACCAUUGGUGCUAUUCGUCUAGUUUAUAGAGAAGAAGGGUUCCGAGCUCUUUAUAAAGGGCUAUUACCAAAGGUGCUUCGUUUGGGUCCAGGAGGAGCCAUCAUGCUUGUGGUAUACGAUUAUGUGUAUCACUUUUUAGAAAGUAAAUUUGAAGUUAAGCAUUAAUUAGUACAUUUGUGUACUCAUAGUCAUACGUGUCAUAUGGUACUAAUUUUAUUUGUACUAUUAACCUGUCGGUUAAACGGAAAUUUCCAGAACAAAACGAUAGUCAUUUGUAAUAUGUUAUUUUAUUUUAUUUUACAAUAGUAAUUUUUGGUUAGAUGCUUGUUAAUAUUUUAUUGUUUCCUGUGUAUUUUUAACACGUAGCAAGUAAAACGAAACCCAAUUUUAUAUAGCAUAAUUAAAAAAUCAUUAAACUACGUUAUAUUUUCUUAUUCUUUCAAAAAUAUUUUGAUUUAUAAUAUCACUCAUAAUCAUAUUUUAUUUUAUAUUACAUAUUUUAUUUAGACUAGUAUAGUUUUAGAUUAUUAUAAUACACUCGAGUGUUAAUUUUAGAUAAUUUGACAGAGAAAGAAUAUAAGAAUAUAUUUUAUUAUGGUGGAUAUUUUUCUUUCAAGUACUUUUGUUGAGCAUUUAUUCUAGAUAAUGUAUUUUAAAGUUCUAUUAUUAUUGACCAUUUAAUUACAAUUUUGCUAAUUUACUAAAAAAAUAUAUAGGUAAACAUUAAAAUAUUACAAAAUUAUAAGAAAAUAUAUUAUACGUAGAUUUUAUAGUAAAUAUUGUUAAAGUGAUUUUUUGAUGAUUAUAUACCUAUUGAAAAUUUUAUAGUCUAUUUUUUGUGUAUAAUAAAAAAUGUGAACUCUAACUGGACCAAUAAAACUAUAAAUAUAAUAUUGACUGUAUAUUGUUAACACAGUAGACUUAAUAUUGUUAUGUUCGUUUGUUAAUGUUUCGUAAUAUUUUCUACUAAAUUGUACUUUCGGUCAAAAUUUGGAGCGCUCUUUAUUGCUCCAUGUUCAGAAUGAUCCGUGUUGUUGAAACAGUGCCACAAUUUAUAUUUUUGUUAUUGUAUAUGGUUGUACGUAAGAUUUAAUUUUACAAUAAAUACA